AUGGAGUCUCAGCAAUUUCAUCUCCUAGGAGAAUCGCCUGCAUCUACACGGACAGUCACCUUCCACAAGGAUGCCUCAUUAGAGGAUGUGAAGGAUGUCAUCGCCUCACAUUUUGCGAUCGUUGUUCCUGAAGGAAUCGCUUUCGAGCGGAACGGCAUUGCAGUAACAGAAGUUUCAGACAUUCUGUCGUCAGAAGAUGCGAUCACUAUCACCAUCGAUGGACAUGCCGUGCGGGAUGCCCCAGGACCAAAAGGACUCCCUUACGUUGGAAACUUUUUCGAAGUGUUUCCCGACCACCUAGGAAACCACCAGCGUCUCUUCGAAAAGUACGGCCCGCUAUUCAAGACGACCAAUAUGGGCCGAACGGUGUGGCACAGCAACGAUCCAGAUAUUGCGGCUGCCGCCUUCGCCGAGUCGGACUUCUUCACCAAGAAGAUCAACGAGAGCCACCCGCUCUUUGGUAUCAAACAACCACAGGCUGGCGUGUUUCUGGGUGACACUGACACUCCCGAGUGGCGCGUUACACACAAGUUCCUCCCUCCGGCGCUGGGACCGAAGGCAGUGAGACAUUAUGCGCCGACCAUGCAGAAGACUAUUGAGGAGGCCUACAAAGUAUUCGAUCAUUUUGACGAGCAAGGACAGUCGUUCAACGCGUACAUUUACAUGUUGAAGCUUGGAUCUCAGGCGGUGGCAAAACUCACUCUCGGCGUUGACCUGGAGCACUUCUCAUCGCCAAAUGCGCCUGUGCAUGAGAUUGUACGACUGAUUGCUGAGACCUUAACCCUGAACAAGAAGGUCACUUCCUGGGGCAGCUGGUAUGCUUCGUUGCCCUUCGGCGACCCUGCAGCGCUCAAGAGCAAGCAACAUCGCAUGGAACAAAUCAUUAUCAAGGCUGUUGAGGAUGCUGAGCGGGGUGGCACCUCCGACCUUCCCCUGCAAGACGCCGCUCUCACCGCAAAGAACAUGGUCGAUUACGCACUUCGAGCAACAGAUAACAAGGGCGAGAAGCUGCCCCUCACAUCCAUGGCGCAUGCGCUUGUCGUCGCCACUGGUGCCGGCUUCACCACUACCUCCUCACUUCUGUCAUGGCUUCUCUACGGCAUCGUCACAUACCCUGGCGUCCAAGAAAAGCUUCUCCAAGAACUCGUCGACAAUGAUUUUACCGAUGACAUGGAGCUCACCUCUGACUUCACAGACAAGCUCACCUACCUCGACCGUUUCAUCAAGGAGACUCAGCGCAGACACAACCCCUCCUUCCAACCUGGCCGCACUGCAAAGGCUGACCUCAUCCUUCCAGGCGGUUACAAGCUGCCCAAGGACUCUGUCAUCAUCCCAGCGCUUCACCACAUCCACAACAACCCUGCACUAUGGGACAACCCAGCCAAAUUCGACCCUGAGCGAUGGGAGACGCCCGAAGUCAAGAACAGGCACAAGGCAGCGUACAUUCCGUUUGCGGCGGGUCCGCGCAUGUGCAUCGGGUUCAAUUUUGCGCUACAGGAGGUCAAGAUCUUCCUGCCCAAGCUCAUUUGGCGGUAUCACUUCACCAAAGAUGGAGAUGAGACUAUUGAGUACGAUCCUAUGUUCCAGCUGAUCCGUCCGAACAACCUGUAUGUCCGAGCAGAGAGGAGAGGUAAGUGGCCACCGAAGACGGAAAAGGCGGAUUCGGUCAUUGAUGCGGCAAUCACGGGACAGCCUUAGUGGGCUGUAAUGUACGCAUGUGAUGCAUUGUUUGUGGAGUUUGGUAUAGGAUGGAGGCUAGAGCAUUUAAUACCC